CAAGAAAAAUGUUUCCCAAACGGUACGUGUUGACUGUUCUGCCGACCUAUGCUCUUUUGGGGUGACGUCCGUCUAGACUACCAAUCCGACGUAGUUCAACGCUUCAAGCGUUCGGCUGACUAACUCAAAAUAUAUCUUUGUUCGUAUUUCUCAGAUCUUGAUGAACCGAAUCAUAUACCCCAAAAAUGUUACAUCAGGGAUGAAAAUGGAUCAACUCUGAUGAAAGAUUUUGGAUGGAAACCUGUCAGAAUAAAUUUGAAGCCUGGCGAAGUUGAUGUGAAGGAAAAGUGGACAAAAGAAGUAUGUUUAGAAUCAUUUCCUCUGGAUUUUUCAACAGACGCAGAUAAGAUCCUUUCUCUAGAAAAGUGCGACCAAGAAAUUAUAUCGUCGCUACGUAAAUCGCGGUUAGAAGGUCAUCCUCUAGCCAUGGAGUUGAUGGAAACUGAUACGGAAAUUGUAACCGAGUUCAAAAGUAUGAAUUCUGUGACGUUCGGCGUUUUUGGAAACAGAGGACCAAGCGAAAGGGACGAAGAAUCAGGUGACGAAGUUUGGAAAGACGUAAAAACGCUCCGAAGCCUUUUGCAAAACGUGGAAUUUCCAGCAAAGACAGGAAAUUCCCGCGAAGCUAAGGUUAGCGUUCUUGCGGAAGAGAGUUAUUUGAAAGCACGGGUCUAUUAUAGAGGAUUCUUCAACAGUGACGUAGUAACUGAUCACGGAGGGGAAUUUCGGGGCGAACCGUACUGGAAGUUUCCAAUCAAAGUAAGUUAUCGUUAGAUUUCCACCUUCCUGCCAUGAGCUGGAGUAUAUGGUAGCAUGCGUGUACUCUGCUAUCACAUGAUAUGGAAAUACAUCUCACCUUGCCACCAUGUAAUUUUCAGUAUUUAUUCCAGUAUAAUGAUCAGCCCAACGCUAUUUUCGUGUAUGAAGACAUCGAAUUAAGAUUUUUCAGUAACGUCAGAUUAUCAAUGAACAAUAAAGACUGGGAAUGGAUCAAAGAUGACGAAGGUAUAUGGAAGAAGCAAUACAACAAAUAGUCGCACUAGCGUUGGAAAGCAAAUAUACACGAGAACACAUC